UAGCGCUCGAUCUUGUCCUUGAGACAGAGCUGCCACUGAAGAGCAGAAGGUUUCAGUGCCUCUGGCCCUCGAGAAUGGAGUGCCCACCCCCAGCAGAAUUCUUUGCUUAAGAGGAGGCAGAUUUUCACCUUCUGAAUAAGAAUCUGGACUCGCAUUGAUGCUUCUCGGUGUUGUCUUGUGUGCUCUCCUGUGCCAGAGUGAAUUUUAUCCCCGGACUGCCUGGUGACAGAACAUCGCAGUCGUACCGGUUUGGAAGCAAAAUAUGGAAUGUGUUUCACUGCUGACCGAAGGCAGCCAAAUGAACAGUAUUUAUAGUAGUUUGAAAAUCAGCAGUUAGCAGUUUCUUCACAUUCUAACACUACCCAGCACUUUCCAGAGAGAACUCAUUGUUUACAAGAAAUCUGCUUUCCAAAUCCGUUGCGGUGCCCUCCAGCCUUGACUAUUAACUAUUUGCAAAGGGGAAGCUAAUCUACGGUUUGGGGAAAGAUGGCAAUGGAUGAGUACCUGUGGAUGGUCAUUGUGGGUUUUAUCAUAGCUUUUAUUUUAGCUUUUUCCGUUGGUGCAAAUGAUGUUGCAAAUUCUUUCGGAACGGCUGUGGGCUCUGGUGUUGUUACUUUACGCCAGGCUUGCAUUUUGGCUUCAGUUUUUGAAACCACUGGCUCAGUAUUACUGGGAGCAAAAGUGGGAGAAACAAUUCGGAAAGGUAUCAUUGAUGUUAACCUGUACAACAGCACUGUUUCACUGCUGAUGGCAGGAGAAGUGAGUGCAAUGGUUGGUUCUGCUGUUUGGCAGCUAAUUGCAUCGUUCUUGAAACUCCCAAUAUCAGGGACCCAUUGCAUUGUAGGUGCUACGAUUGGAUUUUCUCUGGUGGCAAUUGGCACGCAGGGUGUCCAGUGGAUGCAGCUUGUCAAGAUUGUUGCCUCUUGGUUCAUUUCCCCACUGUUAUCUGGCUUGAUGUCUGGAAUCCUCUUUGUGCUGAUCAGAUUCUUCAUUUUAAACAAGGAAGACCCUGUGCCCAAUGGUCUCCGCGCACUCCCAGUGUUUUAUGCUGCUACCAUAGCUAUUAACGUGUUUUCCAUCAUGUACACUGGGGCACCAGUACUGGGACUGAUACUGCCAAUGUGGGCCAUUGCUCUAAUAUCGGUUGGCGUGUCCUUAGUAUUUGCUGUCUUAGUCUGGAUUUUUGUGUGUCCCUGGAUGAAGAGAAAAAUAGAAAGCCGGUUAAAGAAAGAUGCUGCACUGUCAAGGAUAUCAGAUGAAAGUCUUGAUAAAAUUCAAGACGAAGAAACACCAGUCUUUAAAGAGCUUCCUGGUGCCAAAGCAUCUGAUGAAAGCACGAUUCCCCUUACUGGCUCAGUAACAGAAGCUGCUGGGGCAUCAGAUACUAUUGCAAAUGGAAACCAUCCACGUGUACCAUAUGGAAGGGCAUUUUCAGUGACACACACCUCAGUGAAAUCACCUGUUUCCAAUGGCACCUUCAACUUCGAUGGCCACGUGAGGAGCGAUGGCCACGUGUAUCACACUGUGCACAAGGACUCAGGUUUAUACAAAGACUUGCUCCACAAAAUCCACCUGGACAGGGCCAACGAUGAGAGGCCCACCGCAGAAAACAACUACAAACUGCUACGGCGCAACAACAGCUACACUUGCUACACUGCUGCUAUUUGUGGCAUGCCCGUGCAUUCCUCCUUUAAGGCAGCGGAUACUUCUACUCCAGAAGACAGUGAGAAGUUAGUGGGAGACACCGUUUCCUACUCCAAGAAGCGAGUCCGCUACGACAGCUACUCCAGCUAUUGCAACGCAGUGGCUGAGGCAGAGAUUGAGGCGGAGGAAGGUGGGGUGGAAAUGAAGUUGGCCUCUGAACUCGCAGAUCCCAACCGGCCCCCCGUUGAGCCUGUGGAAGAGGAUAAGGAAGAGAAAGACACCUCUCAGGUCCAUCUACUUUUCCACUUCCUCCAGAUCUUAACAGCCUGCUUUGGAUCCUUUGCCCAUGGAGGCAAUGAUGUCAGCAAUGCCAUUGGUCCCCUCGUCGCACUCUGGCUAAUCUACGAGCAAGGUGGCGUAAUGCAAGAAGCAUCGACUCCCAUCUGGCUGCUCUUUUAUGGAGGUGUUGGGAUCUGUGUGGGUCUCUGGGUCUGGGGAAGAAGAGUUAUCCAGACUAUGGGUAAAGACCUCACUCCGAUCACACCAUCAAGUGGAUUCACUAUUGAGUUGGCUUCGGCGUUCACAGUUGUGGUAGCUUCCAAUGUUGGACUUCCUGUCAGUACUACACACUGCAAGGUUGGCUCCGUGGUGGCCGUCGGCUGGAUCCGCUCCAAGAAAGCCGUCGACUGGCGCCUCUUCCGCAACAUCUUCCUGGCAUGGUUUGUGACUGUGCCGGUGGCCGGCUUGUUCAGCGCCGGGGUGAUGGCACUGCUGAUGUACGGGAUCCUGCCUUACAUUUGAGGAGCCUCCUCUGCUGGGAAAAGGGGAAAUGGCCAAGCUACUACCGAUGGGAGAAGCGUUCCCGUGAAAGAAGCAGUCAGAGAGGAUCCAUCUUCCAUACCUAACUUCUUAUCUACUGUACAUAACAAUGUGUCAUAUUGGUGACAUGGUGAUGUGGUGCCAUUUCUUAUAUAUUAAAGAAAUAUAUAUGCAUAUAGUAGGUAACAAUACCUAAGUUAUAUUAUCAGUGGGGUGAAAAUAAUUGCCUAGAACUUAAUAUUUAGUAAAAUUUGUACAUAGUGUAUCAUUUUGGUGGCUAUUUUUUAAUCUUUUGAGGAAGAGUAUGGAUUAGGAAAUGUUUCUUGUCCAUUUGAUAUAAGAAGAAGCGAGGUACAGGACUGCGUAACACAUGAAUUUUUUAAAGCUAUUAAGAUACUGGAACAAAAUAAAAUGUGCAGAAGUGCUUUUCAUAAAAAACUUUGUUCAUAUCAUAUUGAUUUUUGUGUAUCAUAGCGUGAUGGUUAUGGCUGUGUAAAUACUUAUGAACAGUAACUUUUAAAUGGUGCAUUUCCCUUAUAUAUUUUGGAUAAGAAAGUUUAGGAAGUACCAAAGAAGCAGGGGAAUAGCUUGCCGAUAUUAUGUUGUUGUCUCCAUGUGUGUUGUGUUCCCCCACCUCUAAUUCAACGUUGUUUUCACCAAGCUCUGGCCUGUGAGGCUGGGAUAGUACUGUUCAUGUCUUAAUGUAACUU